AUAUGCUUACGUGAUUGGCUGGGUAAGGUCAUUAUCUAAUUAGUUUUCUGUGAGCCCUACGAUUAAAUUUAUUGAAUUGGACGGCUGGAUUUGUCCGGACUGCCCUACCGCAUCGUGACAAACGGACUGUCAGUCAGUUGAGGGAGUCCCCACUGUUCCCAACUCUCAAGGGUUUCUUCUUCUUCGACCUUAUGGCGUCCCGCCCGAUGAAUUUCCAUUUGAAUAUUAUUGUUGUCCUCUGUGAUGAGUCACGUUUGAGUCUGACUAGGGUUUCCUGCUCCCCAUUACCCUUUGGAUCGUGGCAGUGGUUGGAAUUUGAAGAUUGUUUCUCUGAUAUGGAAUUGUGGGAUCCUUGCAAUUUAAUUUGAUUUGAUCGGUUGAGAUGUGUGGUGAAGCAAUUUGGAGCUCUUGUGAUAGGGACGACAGCAGAAGGAAAUGAAAUGAGGUCGCCUUGCUUCAGCUUGAGAAGGAUAGACGUAGCUGAAAUUUCGUUUGCUGAAUCUUUCUCUUCGAGGUCUAAUGAAAGAACUGAAGCUGAAGCUGAUUUUAUCACUUGUUUUGUUGGGGAUGACUGCUUCUGAUUCUUCUUACAGUCUUCUCUCCCCCAAGGGUGUCAAUUUCGAAGUUGCUGCUUUAAUGUCUGUGAAAAGAGAAAUGAGAGAUGAGAAACAUGUUCUCGAAGGUUGGGAUAUAAAUUCCGUCGAUCCUUGUACUUGGAACAUGGUUGGAUGCUCUGCGGAGGGAUUUGUCAUUUCAUUAGAAAUGGCUAGUAUGGGAUUGUCAGGCACUCUUUCCCCCAGCAUUGGGAAUUUAACUCGCCUUCGGACAAUGUUAUUGCAGAACAAUCAAUUUUCUGGAGCGAUCCCGGUGGACAUUGGGAAGCUCUCUGAGUUGCAAACUCUUGAUCUUUCUGGUAAUCAGUUUGUCGGUGAAAUUCCAGGCUCUCUGGGAUGUUUAGCUCGUCUUAGUUACUUAAAACUUAGCAAGAAUAACUUGUCGGGCCAAAUUCCGGUAGAUGUCGCCAACCUUACUGGUCUUUCGAUGUUGGAUUUAUCGUUCAAUAAUCUAAGUGGCCGAGUCCCUAAGAUACUUGCUAAAGACUAUAGUGUUGCAGGGAACAUCUUUCUUUGCUCUAUGCCUUCGCCGACUUGUAUGGUUAUUCCGAAAUCAGUCAAUGAGACGAAUGUGUAUUACAAAGUAAGCCAUCCCCGUCAUCCAGUGGUCGCCAUUGUCAUUGGAGCCAGCUUCUCGUUCAUCGUCUCUGUCAUACUGCUCGUAUGUUUUGUGUGGCGGUACAGAUCGCGUGUUCUCUGUACGGCAUAUGUGCAACAAGAUUACGAGCUUAACAUCGGACAUUUAAAAAGGUUUACGUUACGCGAACUGCAAGUAGCAACGAACAGCUUCCACCCGAGAAACGUAAUUGGACAAGGAGGAUUUGGAGUUGUCUACAAAGGCCUCCUUCCAAACAGGACGGUGGUUGCAGUCAAGAGAUUGAAAGAUCCGAGUUUCACCGGUGAAGUCCAGUUUCAGACUGAAGUCGAAAUGAUAGGCUUGGCUCUGCAUCGAAACCUCCUUCGCCUCUACGGCUUCUGCAUGACUCCUGAGGAGAAAUUACUCGUUUACCCCUACAUGCCUAAUGGGAGCGUUGCAGACCGUCUACGCGAUCCUUGUCAGGAGAAGGCUUCGUUGGAUUGGAGGAAGCGAAUACGGAUUGCUGUUGGAGCAUCCCGUGGUCUUCUGUACUUGCAUGAGCAGUGUAACCCGAAAAUAAUCCAUAGAGACGUGAAAGCUGCAAACAUAUUGCUCGAUGAACACUUUGAAGGUGUUGUUGGAGAUUUUGGCCUGGCAAAGCAAUUGGAUCCUCGUGAUUCGCACGUGACGACUGCUGUCCGCGGAACCGUGGGACACAUUGCGCCGGAGUAUCUAUCGACGGGGCAAUCCUCGGAGAAGACUGAUGUGUUUGGAUUCGGGAUACUGCUGUUAGAACUGAUAACCGGGCAUGUUCAGAAAGGGAUGAUGCUCGACUGGAUUAGGUCGUUGUACGAGGAGAAGAGGGUUGAGGUUCUGGUGGACAAGAACUUGAAGGGAUGCUUUGACGGAGAGGAGGUGGAGAAGGCGGUGGAGCUGGCGCUGAAAUGCACGCAGUCGAGCCCAGAGAGGCGGCCGAGAAUGUCGGAAGUGUUGAAGGUGUUGGAGGAGGAGAUUGAGGGGCGGAGAGACGAGCAGCAGCAGCAGCAGCAGCAGGAGGUUGAGGGUGGGGAGGGGGAAGAGGAUGGAGCAUCGUUUAGCUUCCCAUGGAAUUGUGGAGAGGGUGUGGAGGAAUCCUCUGUUACUAUUGAGGCCAUCGAGCUUUCAGGCCCCAGAUAGAAAUGGAGGAAUGAAUUGAGUUGAAUGUUCUUUUUAAUAUGAAUUAUGAUAUUGAGUAAUUAUUUUAUUUAAAGAUAUAUAUAUAAAAAAAAAGAAAAAUAGAUUACUAUUUUUAGGUGAGUAAUAUUUAUGAGAGUUGGACAUACGGUUCGAACAACCGGUUAUGCUUUGAAAUUUUUGAUUUUGAAACGGUAACAUAUAAAAUAUUCGGUUUUUUAUUUUUU